AUGGUGAUUGACCUCGAUCUCCAGGAAGCGCAUCCAUCCGCAGCGACAGCUGGUCACGGGCGAUCGGGUGUAGUUAAGUACGAAUUAGAAUGGAACCAAAUUAUGAAGAUCGCAGACGAAGACAACCUAUUCGGCCUGCGACAGCUAGCCGUCAGUGGAGAACUGAGGGCGUCCCCAUUUCGUAGCGUUUGUUGGGCCGUCUUUCUGGGCGUACUUCAAGCACCCGGUUCGAAGAGCUGGCCCGAGCAACGCCGUGGCGCCCGGGACCACUACCACCAUCUGAAAAACCGCUUCGUGAUGAAUCCACACCUCUCGACAGACGUUGGCGACGACCCGUUGUCGCAGUCGAAACAAAGCCUCUGGAAUCAGCACUUCUGUGACCAGGAACUCUGUGCUGUGAUAAAACAAGACGUUGUUCGCACCUUUCCCGGUGUUGACUUUUUUCGCAAACCCGCAAUACAAGAACUAAUGACGAACAUUCUUUUCUGCUAUGCUCGCCAAUUUCCUGCCAUGUGCUACCGACAGGGUAUGCACGAAAUAUUGGCUCCACUAAUUUUCGUCAUUCAUAGCGACCAGCAAGCCUUGGCUCACAUACAGGAGCUGCAUCCGGAUGUUAACCGAAAUCUCACAAUGAUCUUAAAUCCUCAGUACCUGGAAGAAGAUUCAUACGCAAUCUUUGCAAAAAUUAUGGCCCAAAUUGAGUCGUUUUAUCGAAUCACUGAUGUCAUUCCCACUGCUACCGGAUACUUUCCUGCACAGUCUCCCAGUACGCCGACAGUCACCACGAGUGUAGCUGGAAACGUGUGUAAACGGAAGCCGGAAAUUGAAGUCGUCGAACAACUAAAUUACAUAAAAGAUAAGAUUCUCAUUAAAGAAGAUCUCCACCUACACAAUCAUCUUCUGAAGUUGGACAUCCCGUUGGCUAUUUUCGGAAUUCGAUGGUUAAGGUUACUUUUUGGUCGUGAAUUCGCUCUUCAGGACCUGCUGCUGUUAUGGGACGCAAUUUUUGGCGAAGGUUACGACCUGGGGUUAAUAAACUUCGUCGUUGUAGCGAUGCUGAUACGAAUCAGAGACAAAUUAAUAUACAGCGACUAUACGACCUGCCUUUCAUACCUAAUGCGGUAUCCGACCAACAUCGACAUUUCUCUCGUCAUUCGUCACGCGCUGCAUAUGAAGUCACCGAAGCUAUACGAGCGCCCCAUCGGUGCAAUGGUUUUCCUGUCAUCGCCCAAACACCAUCUUACACAACCGCCGCAAACUGUAAUGCGAUCAAAAGCCACAGAAACAAACUCACUCAAGUAUUCAACGCUACCUGCGGUGCACCAGCGUCGUGCUCAGCUAGCAGUGGACCAUCCUCUUCAAAGCCGGUCCUCUCAAGCGGAAGAGCGGCAACGAACGAAUUCUUUGCCACGACACAGCGCUUCCGUACGUAAAGCAACCGCAGGGGAACUGCGCCAAGCCGCUUGUUUGGCUACGAAAAAGGCUAUCACGAAAUCGGCCCAAACUGAAAUGCGCGAUCCGACGAUUACCGAUGGUUACCGUGAAGAUGAUCCCGAGCUGCUUCAGAUUGAAUUGCAAAACACAUACAACAUCAUGUCCGUUGGACGGGCGAAACUGCUACAGUAUUUAACCGUACUACGGCGCCACAUUCCGCAAUCAAAUCCGCACGACGAGGUACAGCAAUCGCUGGAAGGAAUUGAAGAGAUCUGCUCGCUGCUAAAGCCACGCUACGACACGGUGUUCCGGGUUCCGGCACCAAUUGAUGCAGCAACCGAAGCAAACGAAGACCCGCAACGGAAGGCCGCACAGAUGUACCGUCCGGCGUCGGCAAACGCAGGUUCGAGUACCGCCCAGCGCACGCAAACGCCUCCGAGUAGUUUGAAUCUACAACGUUCCUACAACUACGACCUAGACUGCCGUAGAAACAGCGCAUCACAGCCUCCCACACAGUAUGAAAUUCCGGAAGAUCGUUAUAGCAAAAUAGCAACCAAAAAGCUGGCCAAUCGGAAGGAGGUUGAGAUGAAUGUUUUUUCAAACGAUUUUGCCGAUCAUCGACGACGAAUGGACGAUAAGGACCUUCCCAACGCUAACCCGCUCGGACACGAACUCUCAGAAUGAGGAUUCUAGAAGAAGUAUUUUUGUUGUGGAUAAGUAUUUGUCCGUGUUUACU